AUGUUUGUUGCUCCUCCCGGGUAUCAGCCCAUCUAUGGCCCUACCAUUCCCUACCGGGGGCCCAUCUCUGGAGGCCUGAGGGAGGGGGUCUCGAUCUACAUCCAAGGAUCCUUACCUGAGGACAUGAGCAGGUUCCACAUCAACCUGACUUGUGGACAGACUGAGGACGGCGACGUUGCUCUCCACUUCAACCCGCGCUUUGACGGCUGGGACAAGGUGGUCUUCAACACUAAACAGAACGGCUCCUGGGAGUCGGAGGACAGCACCCAUGACAUGCCUUUCAGCAAGGGCAAGGCCUUCGAGGUGGUCAUACAGGCCACAGGCCAGGGCUACCGGAUCAAGGUCAAUGGACGAGAUUUCUACACGUUCCCACAUCGUCUACCCAUGGAACGGGUGUGUGGGCUGCACAUCGCUGGGGAGGUUUUGAUCCAGACGAUAAAUGUCAUAGGGGGAGGAUAUCCAGGAGGUGGCGUUGGGGGUGGAUACCCUGGGGGCAUUGGAGGUGGUAUGGGGGGAGGAGGUGGGAUGGGAUACCCCGGAGGAAACCUGCCGGGCAUGGGUGAGCAACCGGUAUACAAUCCUCCAGUCCCUUACUCCGACAUGAUCCCAGGUGGGAUGUUUCCAAAGAAGACCAUUAUCAUCAGGGGUAUGGUGCCCUAUGGAGCAGACAGGAUGAGUAUCAACUUCAUGGUGAGCAGGUCCAGGGAAAUUGCCUUUCACAUUAACCCCAGGGUGAGGGAGGGGGUGGUGGUGAGAAACAGCAUGACCAGAGGCAGCUGGGGUCCGGAGGAGAGAGAGCUGGGCUUCAACCCUUUCAUGGAGGGGCAGUACUUUGACAUGUCCGUUCGCUGCGGGAACCAGAGGUUCAAGGUGUUUGUGAAUGGCCAGCACAUGUUUGACUUCUUCCACCGCUUCCAGCCUUUCACCCAGAUCGACAAGCUGGAAAUCGAGGGGGAUGUGCAGAUCUCCUACAUCCACUAUUAAGACAACAGGCAACUGGGGUUCUUUGGGGGGGUUUCGUAGUCAUUUGUUAGUUCACACAGUAGACCAGAUGUUCAGGUAGAGCAGAUCAUUUCAGAGCUCGGUCUCUUCGGAACGUCCUGUUGAUCCCUGGCUCUGCUGCUGCUGUUCUACCUUCUUGUC